GACGAAUAAUCGCGGAAUAAGAUAAUAAGGGGACGAGAACAAAGAAAGAGGAGAGGGGAGGGGUGGCAGCACUUUGCUACCUUUGAACUAGAGGUUUCCUGCUUUCCACGCCAAAAGGGAGCCCAAAGACCGGAGUCAGAGAAGCCGCGGACCAUAUGAAGUGGCCAAGUAUUUAGUUUCUGGCUGCUGUAAGCUUGAAGCCUCAUUUCUAGGCAUUUGAAUUGUGUAAUUUUUCAGAUGAAAUGCCAGGCCCAAUUGAUUAGUUGGCGCAUUUUUUUUAAAGUUCUGAAUCAUGUAAUUUAAUUUUUAAUAAUGACACUAAAUGAAUAAUUAAUGCAAUUUAUCUUUACAGGAAUUUCCUUAAUUGUAAUCAGAAAUUUAUACCACACCAUUGUCACCUUCAGAAUGUCUGAAUCAAAGUUUCGGGAGGUUUUGCCCAAGCACGGGAUGUUAGCAGUAGAAGACAUAACUACCAUGGUGAUGUGCAAGCCCAAACUGUUGCCAUUAAAAUCUGUUACUUUGGAAAAACUUGAGAAAAUGCAACGUGAAGCACAGGAAAUUAUUCAACAACAGGAACAAGCUGCACAGCAGUGUUCAACAUCUGCUCUUGAUCAAUAAGAAACCUACAUGAUUUUCCUACUGGUCUAUAGUAGUGUACAUAACAAUAUAAUGAUUUAUGGAUAGCAAGGUGAAGUAUUUUUAUCAAAUGUAUUUUAGAUAAAUGUCUACAUGUUUGUGUUAAUUUUGUAAAUAUCUGGAAAACUAUCAAAAUUACAUUCAGCUUCUUGAUGUACAAGCUGCAUAUCUUGUUGUAAUAUUAGUGGAAUUUCUGAAUAAACAGUUAUGCUACCAGGGUU